UUUUGUCCUAAAACAAUUCAAUUCAUUAUUCUAUGCCAAUAAAAAGAUAGUAUUGUAUAGGACAAUAUCUAUUAUUUAAUGUUGGCCAUCUCUCUUCUUCUAGCCUUUGUAUGAAAUCUGGAGUUUGAUGGAGGAGAAGCAGCUCGAUUACGUGCUGGUGCCGUUGGGGAUGGCUAUGUUUCUCGGCUACCACCUCUCUCUGGCUUCUCUUCACCAUCAUCCGAAAUCCGACAAGAACUGUCAUCGGCAUCAACUCUCAGAGUCGCCAUAAAUGGCUCUUCUGCUUGAUGUCUGUUAGUAUUCCUUUUCCCUUUUCUGUUUGUAAUCAGUUUUCAUGGUUGUUUGUUAUGAUAAUUGGCAGGAUCCACUAAAAAAUGGAGUACUGGCUGUUCAAACAAUCCGGAACAACAUAAUGGCGUCGACCCUCUUGGCGACGACAGCCAUCACUCUGAGCUCGCUCAUAAGCGUGUAUGUCAGCAACAAGUCCAGCUCCCCCUCCUCCAAACUGAUCUACGGGAACAAAUCCUCCUUCAUGUCCUCGCUCAAGUUCUUCGCCAUUUUGCUCUGCUUUCUCGUGGCGUUCCUCUGCAACGUCCAGUCCAUAAGGUACUACGCGCACGUCAGCUUCCUAGCCACCGUGCCCACCUCUCAAGGAAGGAUAGACGCGAUUGAGUACGUGGCCAGGAACUUGAACAGGGGUAGCUUCUUCUGGUCGCUUGGACUCGGAGCUUUCUACUUGUCGUUUCCUCUCUUCCUCUGGGUGUUCGGCCCGAUACCCAUGUCCCUUUGCUGCUUCGCCAUGUCGUUCCUUCUCUACUUCUUGGACACUACCACCAACUUUACCAGAGAUCUGCAUUCUCAUUCGAUCAAGCAGGAAGCUAUUGUUGAAGAUGCAGAGCCUGUAGUUGCUCAUGCCACAUGACCUAUUUCUUUCAAAGUUCAACUUUGGUGUAUUAUCUUAUGAUAAUAGAUAUUGCAUGAUUGCAGAAUUUGAUCAGUAAUCUUGAAAUUG